AUGACACCGUUGCUCAUCCAAAUUCAGAGGUGGAUGACGGAUACAAAGGUGUGGAGAUUUGUUGGCUUUGCAUCAGCUAUUGUUGGAUUGCUUUGUUAUGCUCUAAGUUCUUCCUUCAACCAUCUAUUUGGAAAUUGGAAUUUCAUGAAAAUAUUUCUUUACACAGUUUUCAGUUUCAUCAUUUGUCUAAUCAUUUUGUUUGCAAGAACAUGGCGAGACUCAACAAGUCUUCGGUUCAAAGCUCAUUCAGCGUUUCUGGUAUUGGUAAUUACCUCUUUCUAUUCUUUUUUCUCUGAUAAAGUUAUAACUGGAAAACCAGAUCUAUAUAGUCCGAUUUCAUAUGCCGCCUUUGCUCUCAUGUCACUUAGUUUAUCAAGACAAAUUCAAUGCGGAUUCGAAGUGGAUCUUAUGUACUUUUAUCUAGGAUGUUUAAUUAUACAACUCAUGAAGAUUAAAUUGCCGUUAGCUAUUAUUGGAGCAUGUUAUAGCUACUGUCUUAUUAUUCUUCGUUCUACUUUCUCUUCCUUAAGUGUUUCACCAGAAAAUCAGUAUCUCGAAGAACAGCGUAUAAUCAUUCGAGUUGAUUCACAACACCAUGAAAAUAUCAAUACUGGUACCAACGUCAUGCAAGAGUUUAUGACUUGUAUGGAUGAGCUUACGCAGAAUAAUUCAAACAUUGCGAAAAUGCUUUUAGAUAAGGUGAAAGGUAACUAUAAAUUGGUGGCAACUGAUCACAAUUUCAUAGUUGAUGCCAUUGCGGUUGAAACAAUCGACCACCUUCAGAAAACGGUUAAAUCAAUGGUGGAUGCUGGGUCUGAGAAGGUGUGUUCCGACUUGUACAUUGUUAUGCGUAAAGAAUGGUUGGAAAGUUUAUUAAUAAAUAAAUUAUUAGGAUUGGGAAAGAUGGGAUUUCAGGAUUAUAUGAUUGGAAGAUGGAUUAAAGUUUUCAAGCUUGCUCUUAGAAUACUAUUUCCUAGUGAGCAACGACUCUAUGAUAUUUUCUUCUCGGAAUCCACUUGUAUAUCAUCUGAUAUCUGUUUCACUAAGGUGUGUCAUGGAGCAACGAUAGAACUGUUGAAUUUUGCUGAUUUGUUUGCGAAUAGAAUCACCUCACCAUGGCGUUUGUUUAAAAUUCUUGACUUGUUUGAGACUAUAGAUGAUUUGAUUCCCGAAUUUGAAUCAUUGUUUACUGAUUCGUUGGUGAACGAAGCAAUAAAAAUGAAGAACAAAUUGGGUGUAAUAAGUAGAGACAUUUUCAUGGAGUUUGAGAAUCUGAUCUUUCUUACACCGGUUGGGAAGUUAGACAGUUGGGUUGAUGGUGGAGUUCAUCCAAUGACCUGCGAGGCCACUGGAAACAUACUUGUGGCUUUCUGGUCAAGACAGAACCUGGAGAAAGUUUUACGAGAAUACUCCGUGGUUGGUGCUGAUGGAGCAGGAACAUCUUUGUUCUACUCGCGGAUGGAACUGAUAAUGGAGCAGUUUGAGAGAAAUUUGGAAGCUAAGUCGCAGAUUUAUGAGGACCCUGCUUUGCGUUACUUUUUCAUGAUGAAUAAUACAAGUCAGGUUGAGUACUUAUUGGAAACUUUUUGGGAUGAUAGAUUUUGCAAAAACGCGACUCAAUACUUGGAACUCUAUUGUAAAAACUCAUGGGAAAAGGUGAUAGACUUUUUGAAGAUGGAUAUCAAUGAGUCAGUGGCGCCCGAUUCUAAAGCAGAUUUAAUUAAAGACAAGCUCAACUUGUUCGAUCAAAAGUUCAAGGAGAUGUGUAGAAUUCAGUCUAAAUGGCGUGUUUUUAACAGGCAGUUAAAGAAGCAAAUAAUAAUUUAUGUAGAAAACAUGUUGAUGCCGGCUUAUGAAAACUUGAUUGCAAAGUUUGAGAACCAUGAUGGUAAAAAUGCUGACGAGUAUACCAUGUAUGGGGUGUCUGACAUUCAAGAUCAACUCAAUAAUUUGUUUCUGUUGCAGGAUGUCGAGUUUGUUAGAGGAGUGGUUAGUAAUCAAUGA